GAUCGCAGCAUUUACUGUCGGACGCAUCACCAUGAAAGCAUUAUUGAAAAAGUCCAAGGGCCGUCAUGUUCAGGUUUUCACUUUUGGUCGUAAUUUCCCUGUUGGUGUACGGGGCCUCUUCAGAGCCGCGCAGCGCAUGGGGAAAAAUGGAUGACACAGCAGUCCAAGAAACUUUAAUGUCUGUUGGGGAGGACAAGCUGCCGCUGGGGCUGAAGGAGGUGGAGCCCCCUCAGGACAUGGACGCCCCCGACCUGGACAUCGACCCGUCCAUGCUCAUCUGGAGGGCCGUGCAGGAGUCCCGCCGGCGUGCUGUAGAGGAGGCCCGCGCCCACGUCGGUGCCCGCGCUGAUGCCCACGCUGAUGCCCACCCCAGGCCCGCAGAGGACCACCAUGCCCAGCAGCCCUGCGCUGCAGCGUCCGGCCCCCAGUACCACCAGGCCGAACCAGACAUGGACGAGGUCUACCACAACUUCCCCGCCCAGGCUGGACCAGCGGAGCAGACUGACCGCCUGGCCCAGGAGACCAGGAGGGGGCGCUAUGCCCAGGCAGAGGUGGAUCUGGACGACAUCUACCAUGGAGACCAGGGGCAGCUGCAGGUGUUGCCCCAGGUGGAGCCAGAGCCCCAGGAUGACGUGUCCAUGCCUGACCACAGGGGGCGCUCUCUCCCUGAGGAAGACCUGGAUGAUCUCUACCACAAAUACUGACCCAGUGCUCCCCACUGAUAUGUGCAUGUGUGUGUUAUCAUGUAGACAGGAACUGAUUUGUAAAAAUCUCUUUAUUUAUCAUUUUCCCUCCAAUAUUGACAAUAAAAAUCUUGUAAAAGAAUAGUCAAUGAUCUGACUCAUUACACUCUGACAACUAAAGCUGCAUAAAGUGGAAAUAAUACAUAAAUGACAUUAACUGAAAGAAAGAAAAAAUAAAGACUUUACAAUCAA